AUGGAAGUUAUUUAUCUAACCUAUGGCGUUCCAUCAGUUAUCCUAACACUCUUUUUCUUGAUAUUUUUGAACAGAACCGAGUUCAAAUACUCAUUCUACCGUAUCCUUCAAUGCGAUCUAAUUGUCAAUGUCUUUUGCUUUCUGAAUGGUUGGUUUUCUCGUUUCUCCAAAUGGUCUUACACGGCUCCAAUGAUGCUUGUUGUCUAUGAAAAUUUCUACUUUGCAUUCCAUUUGAAUUCAUUUGGUAUCAACUUUUUCUAUAACCUACAAUCAAUGAGUGUCAUUAUCAUGUCUGUUCACCGUUUGUCCUCAUCCGAGUUUAUCAAUGCGAAUGAUUUCUGGACAAAAUAUUAUCUUCCAAUAUAUAUUUUUACUGUAAGCACUUUUGUCUGCUUCAACCUAACUGUCUACUUGGGCAACUGGACUCCUCGCCCACUUCGUUACAGUGAACCAACCAAAGUUUUUGUGUCUGUUGCUGCUGAAGGGCCCAAAAGUGUGGUUUGGACCCAAAUAUUUUUCUGGAUGACACUCACCUAUUUUUUGGUGAUUUUGUUCACCAAUAUCCUCACCAUCAUUUCAAUCAAAACCCGUUACAAUAAAAAUUCUUCGAGCGAGAAAACUCGAAGAAUGAUGAAAAGCUUGACUAUAAUCACUUCCAUCAACUCCUCCAUAUUUUUCAUUGUGUUCAUUUGGCAAUCAAUUGGAAAAGGACUUAUGGAACUUCAAUCCUAUAUGGCUACUAUGUAUCUUUUGUCCGAUUCGAUGACCUUACUUCUUCCAUAUAUGCUUCUAGUCUUUGACCGUAACGUUCGGAAAGCCAUGGCAAAAGUCAUUGGAGGUCAAGCAGCGUGUUUGGCAAAAAGUUUGGGAAAUGAUUCUUUACUUAUCAGGAAUACAAGUGUCAUCAAUGUUAUCACAACAAAAAGUGUUUAA